AUGGCUCAACGGGUGAUACGUCCCUUCAUCACUUCUUUGCACAAAGCCAGCCGCGUUCCAACCAGGGCGUUCCACUUGUCGGCCGUUAGAGCCGCAUCCACAUCUCCAUUCACGGAGCGAACGGGCGUGAACCUCUCGGAAACCAAGUACCGCGAACAGUACAGUGUUCUCAAGGACGAGCUCACACUCUAUGUCGCCCCGUCAGCCAUCAUCCCGGUCUUGAGCUUCCUGCGUGACCAUACGCAAUGUCAGUACAAGGCUGUGAUGGAUAUCACCGCUGUCGACUUUCCAACUCGGGACCAGCGGUUCGAGGUUGUGUAUCACCUCUUGAGUGUGAAACACAAUGCUCGGAUCCGGGUGAAGACAUAUGCAGAUGAGACUACCCCUGUGCCGAGCGCACAUCCUUGUAUAGAGGAGCAGACUGGUCGGUCUCAGGUUGUAUUAGCGGGUAUGGAGACCCUGGCUGAACUUGGACAUGAAUGUUGCAGGUACGAGCGUGAGACGUGGGAUAUGUAUGGAGUGUUUUUCAAAGACCACCCUGAUCUUCGCCGAAUUCUGACGGAUUAUGGGUUCGAGGGACAUCCGUUGCGCAAGGACUUCCCGUUGACGGGCUACACCGAGGUCAGGUAUGAUGAAGAAAAGAAACGGGUUGUAUAUGAACCUUUGCAAUUGACUCAAGCCUUCCGUAACUUUGAUGCAGCAUCACCAUGGGAGAUGGUUGGAGAUGGCAAGGAUAUGAAGCCAGAGGCAUUCAAGCUCCCGGUUGCCAAGCCUGCAGAGGAACAGAAAAAAUCAACUUCUUUCACCGGUUUGGUGUACCAGCACCGUACACUCCAAAUUAGCUCGACUCACCGCGAGUGGUUGUCGAGGUUUAUUACGUUUUUGACUGGAGGAAUGGACUAUUUAGUCGCCGCUGAGCGUCAGAUGGCUGAGAAUGAACCUGUCGAGGUGCAUCCGAAGGUCGAGCCAGUGACUCAGGAGCCAAUUGCAGUGCACACAGCACUGGAGGAACCAAAGACUGGGAGUCCAAGCGACCAACCACCGAGCGAUGCGAGCGCGAAUACAUCGCAUGUGCAAGGCUCGACGUUGGAGAACACGAGCGCGUCUGAUCCGUCGGCAGUCGUAAACAAUGCUCGUACGAGUGACAAUAUAGUCGCCACGGUACCAGGGCAAGUUGCUACCCCAGGACCACACGAUGAGGAUCGACUCGGUUCCGACUCGCAAGCACACAGUUCGACCCCAGCGACUGAGGCGACGACUAGCUCUGCGGCAGCACUGGCCACUCCAAUGCCCACCAAGCGCUUUGCGGCGACGAAUAUCAAUAAAAAGUUCCUGGCCAUAACAGCUGCAGGGUCUCCGAGCUCUAGCUUCCCCGCUGUGCCCAAGCCAUCUACAUCUGCUACUACAGCCCGUCCAGCCGUCAUCGGCCCUCAGCCGUCCUCGCGCCUGGUCACCAAGAAGCUGACUUCCACUGCUCCGAUUGCACCAGCCUCUGGAGGAUGGUCACUCCGCCCUACUCCCCCUACCUCAUCAUCCUCAUCUCCAGCUCCUGCAGAUGUUUCAGCUGCCGCCCAAUUGGCCAAACCGCUGCCAGCCGCGGAACCCAAUCAUUCCAAUCGACCUGCUUUGGUCACAGCCGCUUCCGUGCUCUCAGUUGACGCUCGAUCCUCCGCCAAACCCUCACGGGAGCAGAGCCCUGCCAAAGCAUGGGCUACUGUUCCUACAACCGUCGGCGAUGCUAAACGAAACUUGCAAGAGUUCCCGACAGCUGCCGAGGCUGCCGCUGAUAGCGCAGAGCACAAGCGGCCUGCGGGAUCAGCAUUGCAACAUCCACAUCCACACCCACACCAUCCUGCAGUCGAUGCCGCUAUCAAUGAAACAGACACCGAUGCCAGGGAUUCUUUCCGUGGUAUGCACUUGGAUCCUAAUGCUCAUCACUGGGAUGAGAUGGAAGAUGAAAGCAACGAUUUCCUAGGAGAAGUGAUCGAUUUCGGAGAUGGCAAGACAUACGCUGUUCCUCAUGAGGAUGUUGAAUCGACACCGGGUUCAACGUUUACCAAGGACACUCGGCUUGGAAACGACUAUGAUCGCAGUUGGCCCAGGUCUCAACCUACGCAUUCUGAACCCGAGGGCUCUCGCUUCUCUCAACAGCACGGGCUUCCGCCUCGCCACCCCGAUGGGCGACACUUGUUCAACGAGCGCUCUAACCGCCUGGAGCCUGCGAAAGCUCCAACCUCGACAACUGGAUCAGCAUUUCAUCAGCAUGCUCCACCCUAUGCCCAUCUUCCUCCCCGCUCUGCACCUCGCCGCAAUAGCACGUUGAGUUCGUCUGACCGCCCAAAAUUAGGACAUGGUCGAGAACCACCUCCGCACACUCGAGACCAACCUCCGCAUGCCCAAUCUGGGUUGCCCUCGGAUAACAGAACACGACGCCCAAGCGAUGCACGUUCUUCGCAUUCGCCUGUCGAAAGGCGAUCUUCCUUUUUGCACGAUGAAGAGCGGCCUCGUAUGGGAUCCAUUGGAAUGAAGAGCAGGGCUCCUGAGGAUUUAGGGCUUGGUUUGAGGCGUGAAACGUCUCAUGACUCUCGGCUGUCUGGAGGGGAUCGUCGGUCUUGGAGUCGAGCCUCCAGCCAUCGGGUUCCGGUCGAUCCAUCGCACCAUACGAAUACUCCAGAUGCUGGCGCAGCCCUCCUUACACCAGAAAAGCCGGUCACGGAAUCGAGCCAUGUUUCUGAUACGGCUCAGUCACCUUUGCGGAAAACGAGUGCGUUACAUUCUACGGCGCCUGAAGCGGCCGGUGCACCACCUCCUGUCGUGAUCAACGAGGAACGGGAGAAAUUCAUGAAGCAGGCGGCCGAGCGGCGAGAAGGCGGAAGCAGGAAGAAGAGAAUGCGCGCGAGGAGGCUCGGCCUCCUUGGUGUCUACUUCCCGCUGCGCAAGGCGUCUGGUACCAAAUCUCCUGGAACCAAGUCUCCGCUCGCCAAGUCUCCAGCGGUCACAUCCUCUGAGCUGCCCUCUCUCGCGCCCACCUCCGAGGCGCAUCCCAAGAAGAAUGAGUCUUUGGCACCGGAAAGCGCGGCGGGGGCUACGAUAUCUUCCUGGCGCAAACCUCUGACGGAGACUAAACCACCAGCACCGGCUCCUGAAGACAAACCAAAGGAGCCCCAGCCUCCACCACCUCCACCACCAGCUUCGGCGCACAUGGGCGGACUGGGGAUGCCUCCAUUGAAGAGCUUGUUGGCUGGAAGGAGGACGUCCAUUACCACCAGUCCGCCAGAGUCCCACAGAAGACGACGCUCGACAGCUAGCGAUUUUCUUGACGAACCCCUUGGAAAUAAGCGAUCUAGUCAAGGACAAGCGAAUGUAUGGAAUAGGGACCCCAGGUCGACUCACGAAAACCAGGAAGGACGAGACCGAACAAUGCACGCAAGGCAGUCUUCCCUGUCCAAUAAGCCGGCCAACGAGUCUACUUGGUCCAGAGCCGCUCCACCUACCGGCCCAAGCUCCUCUGCUGCGGGACCGCGGCCAGGCUUCAAGGAAGCGCCCAUUUCUGCUCUCGACGAUGUCAUGUCGCGCAUCAAAGGGGUUCUUACGGAUAUGCAUGCUGAAGAGAAGCCCGCUAGCGCAGCUGGGCCUUUACCCGCCCCAUCCAAGGCCACUUUGGGCGUUUCGUCUCGCUGGACAGGAAGCGACGUGUCGAGCUGGAGAGACAAUAACACGGGCAAGAAACAGCCAAACGGGUCCCCAGUCGAGCCUACUCCGACCGAACCAUUUGCGACCACACGUUUGGAACGUCCCGAUACACCCCCGCCGGCAUGGAAGGCGUUUACCGUUCAUAUCAACAAGAACACCAUCACGCGUCCACCUUUGAACAAGAAACAGGCCAGUUUGGCGAAGCUGCCUCCGAUGCCCGUGCGCUGGGAUAUUUUGACUUGGGACCCACCUGUCGAACGCAUGUCGAACCGGACGCUUUCGCGCGAUGAUCUCCUGUUCCCCAAGACCUACAUGCGGGGUGUCCUCUCGGCUAGAGUACACUUGACUCGCACCGACUCUGGAGCCAAACAGGCCGAACCGGCUGCCCAGCGACCACGUUUGACUGCAACAGUCGACGUCAAGUCUAACCGUUCCCCUAGUGCGGUUAACCGACCGCUUCCCAAGAGUCCUGCAUUCAUGGAGACCCAGUGGCGCAAAUCUCAGCAGCCGGUGGCAGCAUCUCCCAUGAACAAUGUGGUUGAGCUGCAGCAGAAGACUACGGACGUGGCUGCAGGUUCUGGCGAAGGAAGCCAACUUGAGACGACUAGCCGAUCACCGCCUCCAGACCACCAAGCCGAGCGAGAAGGGAGGAAACCCAACGUGAGUUCGACGGGUCCAGCGCCCUCGAACAGGGCAAAGGCACCCUCGAAGCCGUCUCAAAGCCCCGAUGUUUCAUUUCAUCGUUCGUUGCAUGAGAAGCGACCUUCUAAUCCACCAACAGUUUCGUUCACCGUCACUAGUGAACUGGAUGAAGCCCCCACGAAGCCUGAAGAGGUUACUUCCGAGAGUCCGAAAGUGGAUGAUUCUGUCGAACUCAAGGAAUCGGAUGUGCCUAUACAUUCCGGAGAUGACAGCAAUGGCGAGAAAUCCGAGGCAACAGGUUCUGGCGGCAAGACACAAUCACCGACUCCAAAUAGCUCGGUGCUGUUGACGCCUCCGGUCAAGGUUGCAACAGCCUGGCAGGCACCCAAUGGACGCUUGCCGGAUAGUGAAUUUAUUAAAUCUAUGUGGCAGCAUACAUCUUCUAAAGAUGAUGCAGCAGGCGAGAAUUCGCUCCGCGAUCUCUCCGACGACUUCCCAAGUUCUAUCCCUCACUCGGUUCAGGAGAUGAAGACGGAGGAUGAGGAACCAAAGCCUAGCCAGCCAACGACUGCAGGGCAGCCCCGGAUGCCUCACAAUGUACAUCGUCCCUUCCAGGUUCCUACUUCGCCUGCCCCGAUGCACAUGCAAGCUUAUCCAAAUCAUAUGGUCAACCAGGCUGUUCCUGCCCGGCCAAUUCCAGCAGCAUCCUUUUCCCUACCUCCCCCUGCGCCUCCGCAAGCUGUGACUCAACCAACGCCAUAUUCCCCUUAUGUGCACCCCGCUCCGCCGACAUUGAUCUACAGCAUGCCACCAAAUCGCAUUGCGCCUUCUCCAGCACCUGGGCCUCAGAUGUGGGUACAAGGACAACCAUACGGGCGACCAUCGCCUCCUGCUGGUAUGUAUCCGCCGCAACAAGGACACGCUAUGACGUACCCGUCACCGGUAACACAGCUGCCUCCACCUCUGAACAAGCCGCAUGGUGUGAACGGAAACCACGGGCAUCACCACCUUUCCAGUCCAGCCAUGUCACAUGCGGUGCACAUGGGUAGUCCUGCGAUGGGUCAAAUGGCGCAUAUGGGAAGUCCAGCUAUGGCUCACGCUUCACCCCACAUGCCAGGGCCACCCCAGCAUAUGUACCCGGGCAUGGGUUCGCCAGGAGGGUUGGGGUUGGGUAAUAACAUGGGAUAUCCGGGACAACGACCAGGACCGCAAAUGAUGCAACAGUCGCCAAUGCCGACAGGAAUUCCCAAUGGCUAUCCUAUGGUUCCUCCAGGCUCUUUCCCGCCGGGAGGCUACGGUCGAGGAGCGAUGCGAACUCCGUCAGAUGGGAUGCCGCACCACAUGCCUAUGCCGCACCAACAGCAUACGCCAGUCAGCCCCGCUACGUACCAUCCGAACGCAUACGGACGACGUGUCAACGCAAAAGAUAUUGAACUCAAUCGGCUCAAGGCAAAAGCGAAGCUACGGGCCCAAGCAGAGUCGGAAGGCAAGAUCGCCCCAAGUACCAAUGCAAACGGUCGUUACCUGGACUAUGAUUUGAGCAAGAUGGUCAACUCCAAGGGUGGAUUUUUGGUCGAGGAAAAUCGAAUUACGAUGAAGAACGAGGCGCAAAGAGAAGAACCCGUUCAUAUCGAGAAGGAGAAGAACCCUCUAUGUGCGGAUUGCGGUUCAGUAGAUAUUGACCACCAAUUUAAGAAAGUGUUUAGAAUCAACGUUUGCAACACCUGCAAGAACGAAACCCCAGAAAAAUAUAGUUUGUUGACCAAGACCGAGUGCAAGCAGGACUAUCUUCUUACUGAUCCCAUGCCACACCUUCUCAAAGCGAAUCCUCACAAAUCGACUUGGAACAACAUGAUGUUAUUCGUUCGUUUUCAGGUAGAAGAGUUUGCCUUUAAGAAGUGGGGUGGGCCUGAAGGACUGGACGCCGAAUGGGAACGACGUAUGACUGAGAAGCGCUCAAAGCGCUCAAAGAAAUUCGAGGAUGGCUUAAAAGAUCUACGAAGAAAAACAAGAGAAAGUGGAUGGGCAAAACGCAAGGCAGAAGAGCAUGUUCACACCCAUGGUGUUACUGACACAAGCUCGGGCGUUCAGAGAUGUACCGAGUGCGGUUUUGAGGUGGAGGUAGAAGAGUUUGCUAUAUAG